AUGUCUCCAGCGGCGGCCCGCCUAGUGGCGAAAUGUGUGUUCCAGAUCCGCACGGCUUUCCAUGGAUCCCCAAAGGUCACACUUGUCUCCAGAUCCCUCUCCACCGGGCUGAACUACCACAUUGACUCGCCGAAUAACAAUCCUGACAUGCCUUGGGAUUUUAGUCAAGCAAACAAGGAAUGGGUUAAGGAGAUACUAUCUCAUUAUCCCUCCAACUAUAAGCAAUCUGCUGUUAUUCCUUUGUUGGAUAUGGCACAGCAGAAGAACAUGGUGGAUGGCUUUCCAGCUCGCGAUGAACGCAAAGUGACUAAAAUUAGAGAAGUUGCUCCAAUUGCGUAUAUGAAGUUGCUACUUUUUUUAUUCGAUGUUUAA